GUCUCAGGUUACAAUAACUUUAAUGGCUGCCAGCAGCAUGAGCUCCUUUUGUGCUAAUGGACAUGUUUCCUGUAUCACUGCUCACACACACAUCUUGUCAGCAUUGAGCAGUUUAGCCUGAAAUUCCAUUUUGAGGAAGAUAACUUUUUUUUUUUUUUCUGAGUAAAGAUGAGGUGGAAAUGCAGCAACUAGGAAGUGGAGCCUCAGCUACUUCUAUAUGAAAGUUUACAUGCUGCAGUCCUGAGAUCCAAGAGGAAACCUGAGCACUUCCUAGAUCUCUUUCCUCUUCUGGCUUCACUGGGACCUUCAAGAGAGCAGAGUGGAAUAAUGCUGGGGCGAUAGAUUAAAGACUCCAGGGGAAAAGGAGAACUCAGGAUUUCCAAUGUAACUUGUAGUUACUUUUUGUUUUUUUUUAACUGUUGGCAAGAAAAGUUUUUUCUUUUUUCUUUUUGUCUCUGCAAUGUCAUCAUUACCUAAAGUACAACCCAAAAACUGGAAAGCUGGAAUCUUGACAUCCAAAAAAAAUCUCCAAAACAAACAAAGUUCCCUGGAGAUGAAUGAAAACAUGAACACGCAUUAUGAACACAUCCACUUGCCGCAAGGGUUAAACAGCAAUGGACCGCAAGGUCAGGAGCACGCUGGCAGCACUUUUGAACUGAAACGUGAUGUACUGAUUACCACGGAGUGCCCUCGGCCAGUUAUCAAUCUGGACCCCAGAGUUUCCAUCUACAGCGCAAGGCGACCCUUACUCACCAGAACCAACAUACAAGGCAGAGUUUAUAACUUCUUAGAAAGACCUACAGGGUGGAAAUGUUUUGUGUACCACUUUACAGUAUUUCUUAUAGUGCUGAUAUGCCUCAUAUUCAGUGUGCUUUCUACAAUACAGCAGUAUUCAAAUUUGGCCACAGAGACCUUAUUUUGGAUGGAAAUCGUGUUGGUGGUAUUUUUUGGAACAGAAUAUGUUAUCCGAUUGUGGUCUGCAGGUUGCCGAAGCAAAUAUGUCGGGGUAUGGGGAAGACUUCGCUUCGCUAGGAAACCAAUUUCUGUCAUAGAUUUAAUUGUAGUUGUAGCUUCCGUUAUAGUUCUUUGUGUGGGAUCAAAUGGACAAGUCUUUGCAACAUCAGCAAUACGGGGAAUCCGAUUUCUGCAGAUUUUACGAAUGUUACAUGUUGACCGUCAAGGUGGCACAUGGAGAUUACUGGGAUCAGUGGUUUUUAUACACAGACAGGAACUGAUAACAACACUGUACAUUGGGUUCCUGGGCUUGAUCUUCUCUUCUUAUUUUGUGUACCUUGCUGAAAAAGAUGCUAUUGAUGGGUCUGGAGAGUACCAGUUUGGCAGUUAUGCUGAUGCUCUGUGGUGGGGAGUAGUCACAGUUACAACCAUUGGCUAUGGAGACAAGGUUCCCCAGACGUGGAUUGGGAAAACAAUAGCGUCCUGCUUUUCGGUCUUCGCCAUUUCCUUCUUUGCACUGCCAGCGGGUAUCCUUGGCUCUGGUUUUGCCCUGAAAGUACAGCAGAAGCAGAGACAGAAGCACUUUAACCGUCAAAUUCCAGCAGCUGCAUCUCUUAUUCAGACAGCAUGGAGGUGCUAUGCUGCAGAAAACCCAGAUUCUGCCACGUGGAAAAUCUACAUUAGAAAGGCUCAUCGGAGCCAGCACAUCAUGUCCCCCAGCCCAAAACCCAAGAAAACUGUGUUGGUUAAGAGAAAGAAAAUGCGCACAGAGAAAGAAGAGGGCUCCACUGAGAAAAUGCUGAACAUCCCACAUAUCACAUACGAUCACGUCACUGAUGAUAGAAAAAAUGACAACUAUUCAGUGGAAGGAUAUGAAAAUACAGUAACAAAAAAGACCUUUGGGCUGCUCGAUAUCAGUUCUGCUCCUUUUAUCAGAACAAACAGUUUCACCGAUGAUGCCGACAUGGAAGCGGACACCUUGCUGACCCCAAUCACUCACAUCUCCGAGCUACGAGAGCACCAUCGAGCAGCAAUAAAAGUUAUUCGCAGAAUGCAGUACUUUGUGGCAAAGAAGAGGUUCCAGCAAGCAAGAAAGCCCUAUGAUGUACGUGACGUCAUUGAGCAAUACUCGCAAGGUCAUCUUAAUCUGAUGGUCAGAAUCAAGGAGCUUCAGAGAAGACUUGACCAGUCACUGGGGAAGCCCUCUAUGUUUCUUUCUGUUUCAGAUAAAGUAAAAGAUCGUGGCAACAAUACCAUUGGGUCAAGACUAAACCGUGUAGAAGACAAGGUGACCCAGAUGGAUCAUAAACUAAAUCUCAUAACUGACAUGCUGCACCACCUUGUUACCAACCAGCAGAGCGGCCAAGCAACCAGCCGGUCACCGCAUCGGAGCAACUCACUGAGCAACGAGAACCAGCUGUCUAACAGUACCCUUCCCACAUAUGAGCAACUGAACGUGCCAAGACGAAACCAAGACAACAUAUCUUGAUUAAUCGGACCAAGUGUGAAUGUUUUGGAAUUACCGUACAGACUGGUUAACUACUCUAUACAAUGCAGAUAUUCAUUAUUUUAAUGAAUGCAUUUUAAAAGUGGAAAGAGUAAUAGAAAUGAAUGAUGUAAUUAGACUGAGUAUGCAAUGCCUAUAAUACUGUAAAGGGCACCCGGCCCAUUUCCUGCAGAUCCUAUGAAGUUUCAUUGAUGGUUUCCUAGUGGAAAGAACAGUUGGGAAUGUAGAUCCAAAGCCGAAACUAUAACCCACACUGAUGUAACAAUCCUUGGAGAUUGUAGCUGAGUGGGUAAUGGGAGCACAAAUCACUGGGGUCUUCCUGGGAAUGUUGGAAACCCAGGUGACAGCUGGACAUCAGCCUUGAUUAUUUUUUUAAAUGUAUUAAAGUAGUUUUAAGUUGAUUUUUGGUUUUCACGUGUUCAGACAAAAUGGACUUAUGGACUAAGACGGACACGAACAGUCUUGGAAACAUUACAUAGCGUCAGAUUGCUGAAAUAACAUCAUUUUUGAUUGGCUCUUUUAAUGACGUAGAGUAAAUCUGGUGAAAACGGGUGUUACACUUAUAUCAUGAUGGAUGGGAAGGAUUGUAUUUUGUCUAGAGUGUUUAUGCAAAGAGAUUACUGAUCUUGAAACACAUUCUGCAUAUUGUCCAUGGUGGUUAAGUCUCAUGUGAUUUUAAUAUGAUUAACCGGCUCUAGAACAAUAUAGCAAACAAAAAAACCCUGUGAGAAAUCUAACACAAAUUUCACACUUUUGUCAAGUAUUGUUAUUUAAGGUUGCAUUUACAAAUAGACAACAAAUCAUUAUUUUAUUUUCGUGUUAGGCGGUUUCAUCCGCUACAUGUUUAAGUAUAGUUAUUUCAUUAAUUCAAAGAUUCUCUUAGUAUGCCCCUGUUCUCUUGUGGCAAAGAAAACUCAAAGUGGUUUGGAAAAUUCUGAAUACAGCCAGGCAAAAUGACGACUACCUCUUUGUCCAAACUCAUGAAUGGCGCUCUAAGGGGCCAUCUGGAAGGCCUUUAAAUGUCAUUGUCCCCAUUGCUCAGAAAUUUACUUGUAGCAAAUUAUUACUACAGUACAUGUGGGAAUUAUUAUUUAUUUAUUUCUAAUGUUCCACAACGGUUACCAUUUUUAAACGUAAGUUCAGGUCCAGCUCCUAUAUUGAUAAAUAUCUAAAAGAAGCGUAAGGUUAUAUAAAGACGAGCAAUGUAGCAGAUGAUAUGAUUACACUACAUUGUAAUGCCAGCAAUGGUUGAUUAUUUAAAGAUCUGUCUAGAAGUUCAAAACACUGUACUGACCCUGCAUAGCGUAAGAUGUGCUAGUGACGUAAAUACAGUAUAGGUCAAUUAUUAUUCCAUUGUACAUUAUAAGGAUAUUACAGGUCACCAAGUUCUGUGAGCAAAUGUCACAAGCCUACGGCGAUGGACAUCCUUUUAGGAUAUUACAUGGACUAUUGUACAUACUAGAUAGUGAUAGAUACUUAGAAAAGACCUAAUGAUUAAGGUAAUAGAUCUAAUGUUUUUGGUGACAUCACUGUGCUCCAAUUAUAGAAAUAUAAUUUAUAGGAGAUUAUCUCUGUACAUUAAAUUUUUUGGAUAAUGCCAGCCACAUACAGUACCAUCAAGUGCCAUAGUUAUAACUACUGUAUAUAGCCACCACUACUGAUAACGUUGGUGCCUUUAUCUAAGUGUGACCUUUUAGUUCGCUUCAUGGUAGAAUUGAAGGAAAUUUGAAAGAUAGUGUUGCAAUAUUUUAUUUAGAAAUUGUUCAAAAUAUAUAUGGCAAUAUUCUGCACCAUAAGGUACGUGCACCUCAAAAUCUAUUCAUAGUUGUCUUUGCUUCAAUGAUGGCUGCAUAGAGGGUAGACAGGUCUACUGUAUGUUUCGUCUGACAUACUGUACUGUAUCUUGUAAACACUAGGACUCAUUCAGAAGUGUACUGUAAUAAAAUACGUUUCCUGGAGUUGCAUACAUAGUGAAGCACUGAAAGACGUGUGUGCUGUUUAAUGUGGCACAGACACUACAGUGUAGGAAAACUUCCAAGGCACUACUAAACUCCCCGUGAGCCCAAAGCAUGUGACAGUGACAUCAGAUAAGUGUCACAGUGGCACCUCUUGUGGAAACCUUCCUAAAAGCUUUUUCCUCAAGUUAUAUAUGCUAUGAUUCUUCUUUUUAGUGCAAAUUUAUUAUUCUGCAUCAGUAAUAAAUUCCUCACGACGACUGUGGAGUAGCCUUUAAGAUGUUUCGCGUAGAUGACAAUAAUGACCAAAAAUGAGCAUUAGCAAUAAAGUUAUUCUCUUCUAAUAAUACGUAAAAAGGACAACUACUGCAAAAAUGUAACAAUUAAAGCAAAAUAAAAUUUCUCCAAAUAUGGCCAUUCUUUUAAACACUUUCUCAACCGAUGACCCGGACGUGCCACAGAGAUGAAAAACCACUGGUGUGAUGCGAGUCUUUCUAAGGGGUACAUUUACUAAGUAGUGAUAAUUGCAGAGAAGUGAGCCAGUGGAGAAGUUGCCCAUGGCAACCAAUCAGCACUGGCGUAAUAUCUAUAAUUUGCAUACUAUAAAAUGAUAAAGAGCUGCUGAUUGGUUGAUGGGGCCACUUUUCCACUGGCUCACUUCUCUGCUCUUAUCACUGCUUAUUAAAUGCCCCCCUAAUUCAGCUAUGUUAACUGUUAGCAUUUACAGGUGCUGAGUGGUCUCUUAUGGUUCUUGUAGCAAUGCACCAGGAGAGAUCCCCAAAUAGCAGAAUUAGAUAUCAAGGUAUCCGGUCUAUAGAGCUACACUAAAAAGUUUGACAGUCAAUAGGUCAACCAUUAAUGGUUGACGUGUCAAAGGCAGACAGUUCAAAAGGUCAAUGGGUUCAAAAGGUCAACAUGAUAAUGCUGGUUACACAUAUGGUUGACACAGGUUUUUUUUUUUUUUUUUAUCUUUUUCAUACUUUACCAUCCACGUAGAUUACAAUAGGGAAUAAUCGUGCUAAGCAUAGCGGUAGUGGAGCGAGGCAUCUUGCCCAAAGCAUGGCGAGCAAACGGUACGCUAAUGGGGUUUAUCUGUGGCAGAAAUGUGCGCCCCCCCCCCCAAACAAAAAAGAAACCAUGUUGAACUUUUUCUAUGUUGACCAUUUUCAUGUCAAGCUUUUGACCCUGAUGACCGAAUGCACGUCGACCAUUAGUGGUUGGCCUAUUGACUGUAGAACUUUUAGUUUACAUCUAAUGAUCCACACCCAGAUAUCAAAGCCACAAAUAAUUAAACGUAAAUGAAAGUCAAUUAAGAAUAAAAUGGAUUAAAAAAAAUAGCCCACUUUUUAAAAAAAAAAUCAUUAUGAAUUGUAGUAAUGUUUUCAUUGUUGUCCUUUUUAAAACAUACAAUUUGAAUGCAAUUAUCGUCAUUGUCACACUGCUUCAUUGUUGCUGUAUUUCAAGUAUGAUUUACUCAUAACGAAUUUACUGCUGGCUUAUAAUCGUGAACAUGCCCAACAUUUAUCAUUUAGCUCUUUAGAGGAUUUGCGAGCCAAAUUUAGGUUGGCCACUACAUGUUUAAUAUUGCGAAAGGAAAGAAAUAUAAUUUUUCCGUAUUCUAAAGCCAGUUAUUAUUUGAUAAUAAUUGUGAUAUUAAUGACCUUGCUGAUUUUUUUUUUAUAGUAAAGUUCCAUUUGUUUUCAGUUUAGCAAUAGUUGUCCUUUAAUACGCUUUAUAAUAACUAUCCAGCCCGAAAAUGGACGCUACAUACCAGGAUAAACUUAGCAAUAUGUUGUACCUCCUAGCUGUCACUAGAUGGCAGUAUAGUUGCGGAAAUGUGUGAGCGAGUGGGAGAGUGAACAAUCUUUAUGAAUCACUGUGAAUUUUCUAAGUGCCUGGGAAACUGGAGACAGACCUCAACCAAUGAUUCCACCUCAUGGUGUCAGCACGUGUACAUACAGUAAUGUUAGAAUUUGUUCCAUAUUGAAUCAUUUACACAUCAUUUUCCUGUUUACAGUUUAGACACUUGGAAACUAGACAGCCUUCAUGUCCCCCUGCGGAUGCCUGUCUCGCGAGAGGUUAAACACUUCAUAUAUUCCUGUUUUUUACACUGCAAUAUCCCUGAGACAAUGUUCAUUGUCUCCUAAUCUUGAAUAAAUGCGCCAAACAAUGGCUUGAAUUUUGAAACAAACUAUUACGGGCAUUAUGUUACAGUAUGUAAAAUCAGGACAUGAUUAUUUUUUUUUUUUUAAAUUGUUCAAUCACUGUGUAAUACAGGUUAGUGAUUAUUAAUGAGGUUGCUAAUAAAAACACUAGUGCAUUAUACUUUGACUUGAGUUA